CAAGAACAUUAUUACUCUCCCCCACCCCCCCUCUCUCUGCACGCACUAUUUGCUUUGUUGCGCGGAGGAAACGUUUCUCUCUGUCAAAACCCUAGAGGGCUUAGGGUUCGACGAAGCCCCGAGAAGUUUGAGGUUGUAAAUGGGUAGGAGAAGAGAAGAGAAGUAUGGCACUCGUGAUUUUGAAUUGGAGGAAGACACGCAUAUGUACUAUAAGGAAAUGAGGGAUGGAAAGGUAAGAGUCCACCUUUCUGAGAGAACCUUCCGCUGCCCCUAUUGUCAUGACAGGGGUAAGAAAGAGUACAAUUAUAGAGGGAUUCUCGAACAUGCUUCUCGAAUUGGCCAUGACUUCGAUAAUGGACGAUUCAAGGACCGGGCUCGACAUUUGGGGUUGGAAAAGUACUUAGAGAGGCACGUUAGAGAUACAAUACCGGGAUCCAGCGGCAGAGCUAUUGGACCACUGGAAAGUAAUAUGGAUAUCGACGAUGCAGUGUCCAAGUCCCUGGUGAAACGUGCUGAUACAAGGAAUACAUUACAAAAGCCCUUUGAGGUUUCCAAACACAAGCCAAAGGAGGAGCUUAUUGUUUGGCCUUGGAUGGCCGUUGUGGCCAAUAUUCAAAUUGAGUUUAAAGAUGGUAAGUAUGUGGGAGACAGUGGUAAAAAACUAAAACAUGAGUGGAUCAGCAAAGGAUAUUGCCCUGUUAAGGUUCAUCCCUUGUGGAGCCACACGGGUCACUCCGGCUUUGCUAUAGUAGAGUUUAAGAGAGAUUGGGAUGGCUUUAAGAAUGCCAUGGAAUUUGAAAAAAUGUUUGAAAUGGAGAACCAUGGGAGGAGAGAUUGGUAUGCAGUGCGGUAUAAAGGAGACAAACUAUAUGCUUGGGUUGCCAGGGAGGAAGAUUACAUUUUGAAGAGUCCUGUUGGUGAUUAUCUCCGCAAGAAUGGAGACUUAAAGACUCUCUCAGAUAUUGAAAUGGAAGACAAAAGGAAAGACACAAAACUAGUUUCUAACUUAACUAAUGAGCUUGAGGUUAAGAAUAGAAAAUGUGACGAGAUAAAGAGCAAAAUAAGUAGCACAGAAAGGUUCAUAAGGAAUGUGAUGAGGCAGAAAGAAGAGAUGGUUCAGACUUACAAUGAAGAGCUGGAGAAAAUGCAGAAGAAUGCAUCGGAUCAAGUAAAAAAGAUUUUCAAUGACCAUGAAAGGAGAAAAUCACAUUUGGAAGUGAAAAGGAAAAAGCUUGAGUUGCUCGAGAAAGAACUGGAACAACGCAAAGUUGUAAAUGAGAGUGAGAAAAGGAAGCUUGAGCAGGAGAAGAAAAUGAAUGAGAGGGCGAUUUUGGAGCAAAAGAAAGCUGAUGAAAGUAUGUUGAAGUUGGCCGAGGAUCAAAAGAGAGAAAAGGAGAAACUUCAUGAACGAAUUAUUGAACUGGAAAAGAAACUUGAUGCCAAACAAGCACUGGAGUUGGAGAUUGAGCGUAUGAGAGGGGCUAUAGAAGUGAUGAAACAUAUGAGUGAGGAUGGUGACAUGGAAACUAAGAGGAAGAUGGAAUCAAUUGAAAAAGAUCUUCAAGAAAAGGAAGAAGAACUUGAUGAUUUGGGAGCACUAAGUCAGGCACUGAUUGUGAAGGAGCGUUAUACAAACGAAGAGUUGCAGGGAGCUCGCAAAGAGCUAAUUAAUGGUUUCAAGGACAGCCGUGCUUUUAUUUGUGUCAAGAGAAUGGGAGAGCUCGACAACAAGCCUUUUUUAGCUGCAGCAAAGAUAAAGUACGAGGGUGAAGAAGCAAUGGAGAAAGCAACAGAGUGGUGCUCCUUGUGGGAUGACCACCUAAGGGAUCCAAGUUGGCAUCCUUUUAAGGUCAUCUCAAUGGGAGAACAUCAUAAGGAAGUGAUUGACGAGGAGGAUGAGAAACUAAGAAGCUUGAGGGAAGAGCUGGGUGAAGAAGUGUACGAGGCCGUGACAAGAGCCUUGAGGGAGUUGAAUGAGUACAACCCCAGUGGGCGGUACCCACUCUCAGAGCUAUGGAAUUCGAAGGAUGGAAGGAGAGCAAGAGUGGUAGAGGGAGUUUCUCUUUUACUCAAACAAUUCAAAUACUACAAACGUAAGAGAAACUGACAACUGAAGCAGCAGCAGCAGCUCGUGUGAAGUUUUUCAACGUUGAAUGGUUCUGUAUUUAUUUAUAUUCCUCGCGGAGUGGAAACCUUUCUAAGUAGCCGCAGCAGUAGAAGGAACAAAACUCAAUUGUUGUUCCAUCAAAUGGUAGCUAUUUUGAUGUAAACUUUGCUAGAAAAGUUUGGUUUGAGUACAUAUCCAGUGAACUAUGUGAUGAAACAAAUUAUGUCAAUUACCUUCAUUUUCAUCUUUUGAAAUGAAAAAUUUUCUUAUAAAAACAAUGAA